AUGGUGAACUUUAUUCGUACCCACAUCAUCUACCGAUACGGUAUUCCUCACCAGAUCGUGAUAGAUAAUGGAAGACAAUUCUCCAAUAACAUGAUAGACAAAUUAUGUGAAACAUUCAAGUUCAAGCAAUACAAGUCUUCUAUGUACAAUGCAGCUGCGAAUGGCCUAGCAGAAGCAUUCAAUAAAACGUUAUGCAAUCUUCUAAAGAAAAUUGUCUCCAAGUCGAAGAGGGAUUGGCAAGAAAGAAUCGAUGAAGCAUUGUGGGCUUAUCGAACCACUCAUCGCACUCCUACAGGGGUUACACCCUCGAAAAAGAAAUCUCAUCAUUAA